AUGCCGUCCCCGUCCGACAAUGGCCCAACAGCAGACGACUGGCCCGAGGAGCAGUUCGCCCACGACGAGCCCUCCGCCAGCCGCCAUGGUCGGACCAACCGGCGCGCUCACUAUCAUGAAAAGGGUCUAAACACCGGUGUUCGUAUUAUGGACGAUGGCCGUCUCGAUAUCAAAUUCCGCGACCGCAAACCCUGGGUCACCAAGAUCCUCCAACACCUGCAGUCCCAACCACACGAUCCAGGUAAAGGUAAGAAUGAGUUCUGUGUGAUGGCGGGCGAUGAUCUGGGGGAGGGUCACAAAUGCCCUCUCAAACUCAACAUCGUGGUCCAGGUCGUCGGCUCCCGUGGGGAUGUGCAACCGUUCAUCGCACUGGGUAAGGUGCUCAAGGCCCACGGCCAUCGCGUUCGUCUCGCGACCCACCUUGCCUUUCGCGAAGUUAUCGAAGAUGAGGGCCUGGAGUUCUUCAACAUUGGGGGCGAUCCCGCGGAGCUGAUGGCAUUUAUGGUCAAGAACCCGGGGUUGAUGCCCCAUAUGAGUACGAUACGAAGCGGCGCGAUCCGACGGCGCCGACGGGAGAUGAAGGCUAUAUUCUCGGGCUGCUGGCGGUCGUGCUGGGAGACCGGCGACGGGACGGGCAUGCACCAUAUCCCCGACGACCCGUGGAGUGAGACGGGGGAUUACCGCACCAAACCGUUUGUCGCAGAUGCGAUUAUUGCCAAUCCGCCCAGCUUUGCGCACUUUAGUUGUGCGGAGAAACUAGGCAUUCCAUUGAACAUGAUGUUCACAAUGCCGUGGUCGGCCACACAGGCGUUUCCUCAUCCGCUAGCGACAGUGCGGUCGCAAAAUACGAAACCGUCUGCAGCAAACUUCGCAUCGUAUGCGAUCGUGGAAAUUAUGAUGUGGGAGGGUCUGGGAGACUUGAUCAACAAAUUUCGCAAGCGAGAGCUGGGUCUAGAUCCGUUGGAUGCGAUACGAGCGCCAAGUAUAUCACAUCAAUUGCAGAUCCCGUUCACAUAUCUUUGGUCGCCAGCUCUUCUCCCCAAGCCCUCCGACUGGGCUGACAACAUCGAUGUCGUGGGAUUCUCGUUCCUCUCCUCGGGCGCCGACUACAAACCCCCAGACGAUCUAGCCAAAUUUCUCAAAGCCGGUCCCCCUCCCAUAUACAUUGGCUUCGGCUCGAUCGUCGUCGACAACCCUGGCUCACUGACCAAGAUCGUCUUCGAAGCGAUCAAAGCGAGCGGCCAAAGGGCCAUCGUCAACAAGGGCUGGGGGAAUAUCGGGGCGGAUGAGAAGGACAUCCCAGACAAUAUCCUGAUGAUCAGCAAGGCUCCACAUGACUGGCUGUUCCAGCACGUCUCCUGCGUUGUGCACCAUGGCGGAGCCGGAACCACCGCCGCCGGUCUUGUGCUGGGCUGUCCCACGGUCGUGAUCCCGUUCUUCGGCGACCAGCCCUUCUGGGGUUCCAUCGUCGCCCGUGCUGGCGCGGGCCCACAGCCGGUUCCUUACAAGCAGUUGACGACGGAGAAGCUCACGGAGGCGAUCGAGUUCGCUCUGAAGCCAUCCACGAAGGAAAAGGCAAAGGAACUCGGAGAACAGAUGCGCACGGAGCAGGGCGUGCGGAAUGCAGCCGUGAGCUUCUACCAGCAUCUCGACUUGAAGAGUCUGCAGUGCUCUAUAUGCCCGCACCUCCCGGCCGUGUGGUGGGUGCGGCAUUCGCAUAUCAAACUAAGCACAUUCGCCGCGGCAGUGCUGGUAGAGACAGGUCUGAUCGACCCACGCAACGUGGUCUUGUGA